AUGGACAUAGGUGCAUUUUCUUACUGCUUCUCCCCUGAGGGAAGAAGUAGUAAGAUACACUUUGGAAGUAAUGCUAUUGUGUCAGGAGAAGGGACUGUAUCGACCCCUAUGUUUAUGAACAAGGAGGAACCUUGGUUCUAUUACCUAAACCUAGAGGCGGUCAGCGUCGAGGAGACUCGCAUUGAAACAUUGGAGACACCGUUCCACGCAGUAGACGGGAACAUGAUCAUAGACUCUGGAAGCGCUUAUACCUACUUGCCCGCGAGCUACUGCAGCCUAGUGAGGGAGGCAGUGGAAAAGGUUGCUAGAGCGGAACGAGUAACUUACGACAACUUGGACAUGCUUUGCUACAAAACGGACACGAUGGAUAUCUUUCCAGUGAUCACAAUGCAUUUCAGUGGAGGUGCGGAUCUUGUUUUGGGUAAAAACAAUACGUAUAUGGGAUUAAAUGGAGAAGGCGCCAUUUGUCUGAUUAUUGUAUGUGGUGGUCCGUUGGCACCAAAUCAAGCUAUUUUUGGUAACAAAGCACAUAACAACUUCUUGGUUGGUUAUGAUCUUUCUUCACGACGGUAUUGUUAUCGUUGCGACAUGUGUUUGGGAAUGAGGAAGUAUUUCCCUCUAUCUAGGUUGAUCUAUGGCUGUCUAGGAUGUAGAAUCUGGAUUAGCUGUUAA